AUGGCAACAGCCCGUCCUCCCUCAAAUCACCAUUCCCCGACGAUUGGAACACCCGAGAAUGUCACCACUACAACCGUCGUCGAUACCUCCGCCCUGCCGCAGGAACGGAACAACCUCGCGCGCGAGAUCCGAAAAUCUAAUGUGAUUCUCCUGGUAUACUCCGACCACUACAGCUAUGAGCGCGUCGCCCUAUUCUGGUUGCCGUACUUCCGAUCGCUCGGUGUCAAUGUACCAGUCGUGCUGUGUGCUAAUAAGUCAGACCUGGCGGCUGAACACAGCGAGGCGCAGGUGAUUGAAGAGGAGAUGCUGCCGUUGAUGUCGGAGUUCAAGGAAAUAGACUCUUGCAUUCGCACAAGCGCCAGAGAGCACCGUAAUGUGAACGAGGCAUUCUUCGUCUGUCAAAAGGCCGUCACCCACCCUAUUGCGCCUCUCUUCGAUUCCAAGGAGGCUCUCCUGAAGCCGGCUGCCGUCGCAGCGUUACAACGCAUCUUUUACCUGAGUGACAAGGAUCGGGAUGGAUAUUUGUCGGAUAAGGAGAUCGGGGAUUUCCAAACUCGCUGCUUCGGGAAGUCGCUAAGUGAGGUUGAUCUUGCACACAUCAAAGAGACCAUUCAGAAAACCUACCCGGAAUCUGUCACCGAGUCUGGGAUUGACUGCCGAGGCUUCAUCCAUUUGAACAAGCUUUACGCGGAAAAGGGGCGCCACGAGACUGUCUGGAUUAUUCUACGGUCCUUCCAGUAUACUGACAAUCUCUCUCUGCAAGAGACAUUUUUGCACCCAAGAUUUGAAGUUCCUCCCUUUGCCUCAGCCGAGCUCUCCCCUGAAGGGUACCGUUUCUUCGUGAACUUGUUCCUACUUUCCGACAAAGAUAAUGACGGGGGUUUGAAUGACGCAGAGCUGGAGUCUUUGUUUGCACCGACUCCAGGCCUUCCAGCGUCUUGGGCUGACGGCUCCUUCCCUUCCUCUACCGUUCGCAAUGAAGCCGGACAUGUUACUCUCCAAGGCUGGCUUGCUCAAUGGAGUAUGACGACUUUUAUGUCUCCCAAGACAACUUUGGAGUACUUGGCAUACCUCGGCUUCGAGUCCUCCGAUCGAAGCAACCCAUCCAUCACAGCAGCUUUGAAGAUUACAAGACCUCGCAAGAAGCGCAGACGCCCCGGCCGCGUGGGACGCAAUGUUGUUCAGUGCCAUGUUCUUGGAGCCCCCGGAUCUGGAAAGUCGGCCUUGCUUGACGCACUUCUGUCGCGCGGGUUCAGCACGACAUAUCACCCUACAAUUCAGCCUCGCACCGCUGUGAAUACGGUCGAGCUUCCUGGCGGGAAACAAUGCUACUUGAUAAUGGACGAGCUGGGAGAAUUGGAACCGGCAAUUCUCGAUAACCAGGCGAAAUUGCUUGACCAGUGCGAUGUGAUUGCAUACACAUACGAUUCUUCAGACCCCGACUCCUUUGCUUAUAUUCCUGCAUUGCGUGCCAAACAUCCCUACUUGGAAGAAAUUCCCAGCGUGUUUAUUGCUCUCAAAGCCGAUCUAGAUCGGACGACUCAGCGAGCUGAGUACCAGCCCCACGAUUACACCGCUAUGCUGAACAUGCCUAGCCCUCCUCUGCAUGUCAGUGUGACCUGGACAUCUAUCCAAGAAGUUUUUGUACAUAUUGCCGAAGCUGCUAUGGAGCCUAGCACGGCAUUCCCACGGAGUGAGGAAGAUGUUGAAGGAAAAUGGAUGGCGUGGGGCAUUGCUUUCGGAGCGGUGGUUUGCGCCGGAGCAGCAGCAGUGAUGAUAUGGCGUCGAGUGAGUGGUAGUGGACCGUGA